AGUGCUCCCACCCGCAGCUUUAAGCUCCCGUCUCUCUUUCUUCCCGAAGGAAGCCAGAUAGAGAGGCGGAGUGUAGCGACGCCGGCGGCGGAAGAGAGAUCUGACGGGGACUGGAGGAGAUGGAGGUGGACGCCCCGAGGCGGACGGCUCAUGAACUACUAGAGGAGACGCGGACGGCGAUGGAGGAGGUGGUGUCGGGGAUGCUGCUCAUCAAGAAGGAGGGGCGCCCAAAGUCCGAGCUCCGCGAGCUGAUAACCGAAAUGUCCCUCAACUUCAUUGCCUUUCGCCAGGUGAACCGGUCGAUCUUGAUGGAGGAGGAUCGCAUCAAGGCGGAGACGGAGGGCGCGAAGGGGCCGGUAGACACCACCACGCUGCAGCUUCACAACCUCAUGUACGAGAAGAACCACUACCUAAAGGCUAUCAAGGCCUGCAAAGAUUUCCGGUCCAAGUAUCCUGAUAUCGAGCUUGUGGCUGAGGAGGAAUUUUUCAGUAGCGCACCGGAGGAUAUCAAGGGGAAGGUUUUGGCGAAUGAUGGGGCUCAUGAUUUGAUGUUGAAGAGACUCAAUUUUGAAUUAUUUCAGAGAAAAGAGCUUUGCAAGCUUCAUGAGAAACUGGAACAACACAAAGCAAGUCUUCUGGAUACCAUAACCAGCAGAAAGAAGUUUCUGUCAAGUUUACCGUCACAUCUAAAAUCUCUGAAGAAAGCAUCUUUACCAGUGCAGCAGCAAUUAGGGAUUUUGCAUACCAAGAAACUAAAGCAGCACCAUGCAGCAGAGCUUCUUCCACCUCCUCUUUAUAUAGUAUACUCACAACUUUUGGCACAGAAAGAAGCAUUUGGGGAGAAGAUUGAAAUGGAGAUUUUAGGAAGUAUAAAAGAUGCUCAAACUUUUGCCCUCCAACGUAUAAAUAAGGAAAAUGGUAUGUCAUCGAAUCCUGAGAACAACAGGGUGGAGGAUGAUGCACCUGAUGAGGAGGAAGAUGUUCAAAGGAGGCGAAAGAGGCCAAAGAAGAAUGUGAUGAAGGAUAGUGUUGAGCAGGCAGGAGUCUACCAACUUCAUCCACUCAAAAUCAUCCUUCAUAUAUAUGAUGAUGAAGAUUGUCGAGCAAAACCGUCUAGAUUAAUCACUCUGAAGUUUGAAUACUUGGUAAAGUUAAAUGCUGUAUGUGUUGGAGUCGACGAUGCAGAGGAAGGAUCAGAUAGCAGUAUCUUAUGCAACUUAUUUCCUGAUGACACCGGCUUGGAGCUUCCUCAUCAGAUGGCUAAGCUUUAUUCUGGAGAUUCUCUGGCGUUUGGUGAAAGGAGAACUUCACAUCCAUACAAGUGGGCACAACAUCUAGCUGGGAUUGACUUUUUGCCAGAGGUCCCUCCCAUCCAUGCCAAUGGUGAAACUUUGAAUCCUGAACUUGUAAAAGCUUCAGAUGUUACCUCUGGGCUUGCGGUGUACCGCCAUCAGAAUCGUGUUCACACCAUUUUGCAAAGGAUUCGUUCCAGGAAGAAAGCACAGAUGGCUCUUGUGGAGCAGCUUGAUUCCUUGAUGAAGCUCAAGUGGCCCUUGCUAGCUUGUGAAAAUGUUCCAUGGGCCUUGCACACCCCUUUGUGUACCUUGCAAAGUUGGUCACCAGCAGGGCUCAUCCCUGAUUCAUCUUUCUCAGCUGGUAUGGUAGGAGAAGCUACAAAUUUUGUUGAUAUGGAUCUGGACAGAAGAUCUGUCACAUCAUGGGAAGUAGAAAGUGCAAGGGAAGAUGGGGAACUUCCAACUGCAUUACCUGUUGCAACAAUGUCAGUUAAUUCUUCUCUUGGUCUACCUAAUGAAUCAUUUCAGCAUGCUGAACAUUCAAGAAGUCUGGCUUUGAUUUCAAAGAAUGUUACACCUACAAAGAUGGUCAAAACCCGUAGUUUUUCAAAAUAUGAAGACGAAUUGGAACGCAUUUUGGAUAGCGAGAGUGAAUUGGAGGAGCAAGCAUGUGUUGAUCAACUAACUGAAAAUAUGACAUCCAUUGUUUGCAAACCCUGGGAGGACCAUGCCGCAAGAGAAUUUGACCUUGUUCUUAGUAGAACUUGUGGAAAUGAUCGAAUCGUAAAGCUAAACGCCAAGGUCAAGAUAAGCGUGGAAUACCCUCUUAGGCCACCAAUUUUCACUUUGAGCACUGAUUCAGGUCAUUGUAAUUUGUAUAAUGUGCUUCGUGCCAUGGAAGCAGAGGUUAAUCUUCAUAUCCUCAAAAUUCUGCAAUUGGAUCAUGAAAAUUACAUCUUGGCCCACCAAAUCCGGUGCUUGGUGAUGCUGUUCGAUUUUCAUUUUGAUUUGCAUGAUGAGAAAAGAAAGAACACUUCUGUAAUAGAUGUUGGAUUGUGCAAGCCAGUUAGUGGAACUAUACUUGCAAGAUCAGUAAGGGGAAGGGACCGCAGAAAGAUGAUUUCUUGGAAUGGCACUGAUUGCAUCCCAGGGUAUCCUUCCUAAGAUUGCUGAAGUUGAAAGACAAACACGAUAAAAAGCUGAAGGGGAACCGGGACUCUUGCAGAAAUCUUAUAACUACAAGAAGAGAGGGGAAGGGGGCUUAUUAGUUGACAGUAAUUUCGUGGAUCGACUCAAAUGAUCUCCAUUGUGGUAAAUUGAAGUUCACAAGAGAGUUUCCUAACUCUGCAUUUAAAAUUUUGUUGCUGGCUAUGUAAUUUCUUUAUCUCUGAUAAUUUAUGCUUCAUGCUGUGUGGAUGCCCUUCAAUUCUUAUGGCUUGUGAACUUUAUUGGAUGGUUUUAA